GUGAACAGUCCCUCCUUCAGCUCCUCUCUUGGCCCACUCGCACAGUACUUACCAGGCCACACUGUGUAUUUAUAUCAAAAGUCAGAGCAGGGCUUGUGAGGGAAUAUGAUAAAUCAUGCCCCCUUGUUGCCUCCCCCCACCCCACGACCAUGGGGGCUGCUCUAUAGCUAGUUAUUCCACUGUAACACAUGAAAAUACAUUGUCUUUGUAGGUGUCCCUAUAAAAAAAAAAAAAGAGAUUGCACAAUUUUUUUCUUAACCUAAUAUUCACAGUCAAAGAAUGUGUGGUGUGCAAUAAACUGUUGACACCACACGCAGAGUGUAUUUGCUCACUUCUACUAUGCUAAAUGUCAUAGAGGGAAAAGCUAGUGUAUGACUACUGGGCUUGGUAGGGGAGGGGUGGGAAAAAGGUGUGCUUUAAAGGCCACCCAGACAAUGAGUAGCAUCUCUCGUUAUUCCAGUCUGUACUAACAGCAACACAGGCUCAUUAGCAAACACUGAGCGCUGCUUUCCUUUGCCAGGCUACCAAGAAAUCAUCUCCUGCUGCUCUGAAAUUCCCCAUAGUGCUCCAUUACCUUACAUCAGCGGAAAAAGAUGGCCUGGAUAUAUUUUCUCACAUCAUUUGUUUUAAUUUUUUAACACCAAAUGUAUCAUAUUUCUACAUAUUUAUUUUUUUUAACUUAAUUUUUUUCUAAACUGCACAUAAAGCAAGAUGGCUUCAUUUUUACACCAACUCAGGGUUCUCUUAUGGAAAAACUGGCUGAGCAUCUUGAGGCAGCCGGUUUGGUCUUUGGUCCUCAUUUUAUGGCCUGUGGUCAUAUUUGUAAUAAUUGCAAUCACCCGAUCAAAAUUUCCUGGAGAUAUCCAGCCAAACUGCUACUUGGCUCCGCGCAACCUGCAGAGCACAGGGAUGGUACCCUUUCUUCAGAACUUCCUCUGUGAGACAGGUUGUCAAAAAAUGUCCUACCUGCCUACUACAAUAUUUACUAGCACAACAAGCAGAAUACAAAAGCGCUCAGUUGAUUCUGGAGGGGGAGGUGCCACGUUCUUGAUAAGAGCAUCAGACAACACAUCAUCUUCAUUGGGGCAAAACAAAACAAAUCAAAAUAACACAAGUCCGCUGAGCAAUCUCACCGAAAAUGUAAAUACUGCACAGAUGGUGAUACAGAGGUUGCUUUCAGGAGAUGUAAAUGGAGCUCUUUGCCUUUCUGCUAUAUCAUUAUUGUCACCCAAUCAAACCAGCAGCUCCCAGGACUUCUGCAAAAACAUAACAUCACUGACCCAGUUUAUAAAACUGGCAAUAAACCAGAUUGGCUUAAAUAUGACCGUACUCCUCAGUACAAUGCAGACAGUGUCAACUGAGUUUCAAAAAGUACAAAAUAACACUGCGUUUUGGAAUCAGCUUCUUAUGUUACCACAGUAUAUCAAGGAUCCAAAAAGUUUUCCCUUUGGUGGAGCGCUGACUGUAGAAGUACCUCCAGUAAUCCAGGAACCUGCAGAUAUCAAUUCCUGCAUUAAGUUCAUCCUAAGGAUAGAAAAAAUAGUGCAAAACAGCACCUUAAAUGUUGAAGUUUCUGGCCAGUGGGAGACGUUGGCAGGUCAGAAUCUUACUAAGGAGAUUGAAGCCUGCAUUUCAUUGUUCAAGAGCUUGCCAUGUGUGAAUGGGACUUCUGAAUGCUGGCCUCAAUUGAAAACAUUUUUUUCAUUGGUGAUGUCUCUUAACAGUCCAUCUAUCAACAGUCCAUGCAUGUCCAAUGUCUCGGAAGUGGUGUGCAACAGUUCCAUCAACAGUUCAGGGACUCUCCUAAGCAAAGUUAUUACAAGUCAACCAGCAGAACUUUUAAGAUUUUUACCACAAACUUGGACACUUGUAAAACAGUAUAACAUUGAUGAAAUUAUCAAUCAGAAACUUCAACAAGCAAUUGCCAGCCAGUACCCUGGUAAUCUUCAAGUGCAACGUACCCUUACAGGCCUUGUGCAGCUGCUAUUUAAUACCACCGAUUUACUGAUUAACGAGGUCUCAACCAACUCUCAAAUUCUGAAUAUCACUAGCUCCUUGCAAGUACUUCAAAAUAUAUCAAAUCAGUUCAACAUACUUUUUCUUCAAAAUAAUCAGGCAGAGUUGCUUAACACCACAGAAAAUAUUGUUAGCGCCCUACAAAUUACUGCUCAGAAUUUCCUGCACUGGAACAAUUUCAGUGACUUGACUUUGCCCUAUAAUGGAUCAGAUGAGGCCUUGAAAGAGCUCCAGACUUUAGUUAAUACCUGGAUGACCAUUAGUUUAGAAAAUGCUCUCUUAAAUGACACAACAAGAAUAAUUGGGAUUCUUUCUAUGCUUAACCAGUCAUCAUUCACUCCAUUAAAACAAAUAUUUUCAGCUCUUUUGAACUUGGACCCAAUGGCAGCCAACAUAACCAAUGUAGUGAUCAAAACGUUAAACAUAUUAAGUGAGUCAAUAUCUUUAACUAAUUCAUCAGACAGCUCUUUGCUUGCUGAAUUUUACUUAAAGCAGAUUGCAAAUUUUAUAUCUGAUAAUAACCUGCAAAAGAAACUUUUGUUCUUCCAAUUACUUUUCAACAACAGCAGCCAGCUCUCUUUUUUGCAAUCUGAUAAUCUUAAGACUGUGGCUAUGGAUUUCUUGUUACUUUUUACUCCAUCCAACCUUCAAAACAUAAGCUCAGACCCCACUCAUGCAGCGUCAUCUUUAUUCAAUUUGAUAUCUAAUGUCAUUCCUGUAGAAGGGCAAGGUAUUUUUCACGAACUGGUGAAUGCUACACUGACUCUACUUCAAUCAGUUGCCACUUGCCAGAGGAGCAAUUCAAACUGUACCGGCACUACCACAAUGUUUCAGCAAAUGUUGUCGGGGUCCAUAUCUUUUAUCAACUCUCUAAAAAGUGAUAUUCAGCAACAAUUUAUAAAUGUUUCUGUGUUGCAAUUUCCCAUUCCUAGCAGUGCUGAAAUUGAUGUAAUUAACAACAUAUACAAUAUGGCUUUGUGUUAUCAAGGCAAGUCCUGUACCACCUUCAAUAAUAUCUAUAAUGAAACCAGGAAAAUUAUAGAUAUACUAAUAGAAUACACUUUCGGAAAUGGUUCAAACAUCCUUUCCAACCCAGCACUUCUAGAAGAGUUAAAACAAAACCUUACUACCUUUGAACAGGUUCUUCAUUCUGUAGAUGUAAAUAAGCUGAUGUCUCAGCUAGAGAAUUUUAUCAAUGGAUCCACCUGUUUGAUCUACGCAGAUACCCAGCCAUUGAACUGUACAGUAAAACUGUUUUCUUUUCUCAUGGGCCUCAUUCAGAGUUGUCCAUUGCCUCAGCAAGUGAAUGAAACUGUCCAUGUGGCUUCUUCUAUUGUAAAUUUCUGGGUAAAAGAACUAAAUUCAUCAUUAGAUUUGACCUACAUCUACAAUUUAACAAAGCUAACAUUUCAGAAUAAUUCAAUGAUAAUGGAUAUUAACACAAUGAUUACAAACAUUGCAAAGACUUUAGAAGAAAUUGAAAUUAUGUUAAACACUAACAGCCAGGAGCCUAUACUAAUUAUUAAAAACCUGGUUGAUAUUAUAAACUCUGCAAACACAAAUAACACAACUACCCUCUUUCUUCAAAUAGAGCAAGAACUGAUAAAUAUAAAAACACAACUUCAGAUUGCUCAGUGGUAUAUAACUUAUGUAAAAAAUAUAACAGAAUCAUUUCAGACUUCUGGCAAUUGGUAUCCUAUCAGGACAAUGACACAACUUAUAUUAAAUAAUAUUCUAUCUACUAUGAAAGAAAAUCCCUCCUUGACAUUAUUUGCAACAGAAGUAAAUAAUACACUUUACUGGUUAGGACAAUCAAAUCUUAUACCUGUUAUUCAAAGCCUGUUAAGUGCAACAUCUCAAAAUGGUGUUCAAAGCAUAGACCAGAUUAUAAACCAAACUAUGUCUAUAAUGCAAACUAUAUUUCAGGAUAAGAACUUUUGGAAUACUUUACUUAGUGAAACUCAACAAUAUGAUGUGAUGUUUGUGCUCAGACUAAUACAGAAAAUAAGCACAGAAAGUCAAGCCAAUUUAUCAUCUGUUUUAAUCUCAGUGGAAAGAGUUAUUUAUGCAUUGGAAAGCAUUCUAAACAAUGCAUCUCUGGACAUGGCAUUUGAUAGGGAUAUCAUGGAAAUAAUCUACAACAUUCCCACUGGGAUAAUGAGUAUUAUUUCUAAUACUGGAAACACAAGCAAUAUUAAUAGGGAUAUGAUAUUAAAUAUUUCCAUAUUGCUGCUGCAGAACUGGAAUUCAAGCAGAGUGCCAAUUCUUCAUUCUAUAGAGCAACACUUGAUGGAUCUAUUAGAUAUAGGCAUGCAGUGUCAUUUAAAAAACAUGACUCCAGCAAGUACUCAAAACUGCUCAACCACAGACAUUCUACAAGGUAUACAGAAAAUACUGAAUUAUUCCGGCUGUCAAGAUUCCCUUCUGCUUUCUGACAGUAGCAAUGGCAUUACUUUAACUAAAAUAGUGGAAAAUGCUUUGCAUUUUUCACAGACAGGAAAUAUGAGUGGAUGCCUGAUUGAAGGUGUACAUCUCGCAGAUGAAUUGGUGUGCUUCACUGAAAUAAUAAGAAUCUAUACUGAGUUUCUUUCCAAACCAAAUGAUGCUUUUGGUCUUAACCUUACUUGGAUUCAACAACUAAAUGGGGAAAUAACUCUAAUUUCAAAAAAGCUUUUGGAAAACAACAAGACAUGCUCAGUGAUAGACAGAGCCACUCUAAAUAUAAUGGAACAAGUGUUUGAAAGCCAGAUGCUUUUGUUGCAGAAGCUUCUUUCUUUUAUUGCACACCAGACUACCAUUAAUGGUCAUAAUCUCCCUUCAUACACUGAAUAUUGGGGAUGGCUCUCUGAAACUGUGGAGUUCUACAUCUCUCAACAGCAACCAACACUUUUAAAUGAUAGUAUGUUCAAGAUUUUGAAUGAAACCAUGAUUCAACUAAAAAAUCUCACCCAGACCUCCCAAAAUUGCAGCACACAGUCUGUAGUCUCUGCAGUAUGGAACAUUCUGGGCAACUUGCCAAAUAAAUUGGGUCACACAGAAGCAAUGCAAAAUUAUUCACAAUUCCUCAGUGAUCUACACAAAGCUGUUAAUCUUGCUAUAAGUUUGGAAAGGAUGCUGUCAAAUAACAGUUAUGAAAGCUUCCCAGAAGGGUUUCAGACUUUUAUAACUCUUUUGAAUUCAGAACUUAAUUUAACUUCUCCUGAGUUAUGUAGCACUGCAGUAAAAACCUUUAUUGCUACUAACCAGAGUGUGGGCAGAGAGAUGGACACACAGUUAAUAUCUAUCAUGAGCAACUGGUCAUGCAAUUUGAUUUUUGGCAAUAUUUCCAUAGUAGACUGGAUGAAAGAGCUUAAAAAUCUUGCAGCUACAAUAGCAAAUACACAGAAUAGUCCUUUACAGUAUGUGGAGAUUGCCCAACAAAUAUCAUCAUUAAUAAAAGAGGUUUUAAAUUCUACCUCAACAGUAAACUUUCAUGCAGUUAUAAACUCCCUAAAUGCAGUUUCCAAUGCCCAAUAUGACUCAGUAAGUUGGAAUGUGUACACAUCUCUGCAUGACUUUAUUACCUCUUUACAGUUAUCUCUAAAUGUUGCAUUAUCCAGUGGAACUCUUGGACCCCUGGCAGUAAGUGAAAAGAUCACUGCUGAUACAAUUGGGUCAUUGGACAUCUUACUGAAAAGGCUAAAUGUCACAGGAUAUGAGGACAUUUUGACAUUUACUAACAACAUCGUUCAGCUGUAUUUCAGAAGCAGAAACAGUUCAUUUGCCUUGGACAACUUAGCUCAAAUGACAUGGAAACAGCUAUUGAGCUAUCUACAACAAAAUGGAUUUGAGAAGGUACUUAUUCAAACACUUGAGAGUCAUAUCUUCAGUUAUAGCCCUGAAACCCAAGGGACAGCAAAGAUCCUGCAGAUUUUACUGAAUACUGUGUUCUCCUCAUUUGAUGGACCCUUUUCUGAGUUGGGCCUCCAAGCACACUACCUCAACAACAGCAUGAUAAUAGGCAUAAUAAGGAACAUUGUGGGGAAACUAAAUAACACCAUAUUUCAAGAAAACCUCAUGGAUGACAAGAGAAAAUUCACAGAACUAAUUGUAAAUCUCAUGGAUUUUGUAUUACAGAACAAUCUUAAUUGGGACAAUGAUUCACUGGACUCUCAAUUUCUCCAAAAUGAAACAAGUGAAAUGAAAAAUGUCCUUGAGAACCUGGUGAAUGACUGGCUAUUAAUAAGCACAGCAGAAAAUGAACUUCUAUACAACAGCAGCUCAAGCUUUAUAAAGGCAUUUUAUCUUUUGUUUAAAGCAAGUAAUAACACACAAGCAAUGGAGGCACUGCAGUUUUUCUUAAACACCAAUGACAGUAUAAUAAGCAUUCCCUUUCUCAUUGAUGCACUAAAGAAUUUUUACAACUUCAGUAGAGAAACUUCUGCUGACAUGAAUGUUCUUACUGAACUGUACCUGAAACAGUUAGUGGUAUUUCUAUCCAAUGGUCAGCUAAAUAAAUUUCUCCUAGAAUUAAGUGCAAUUCAGGAGAUCACAUUUUUGCACGCCAGUGAUGCUGCAAUGGAUAUUUUACAAUUUCUAAACCCUGAUAAUCUGUACAAUAUUAAUGACAGUCAGGGCCUGAUUCAAAAACUUCUUACUACUUUAUCAAGCUACAUGCCUAUGGAAGACAAAGCAGGCUUUGGAAAUAUCUCCAGCUCCAUUGUGUCAGUUAUUGAGGCACUUAACAACUGCACAAAUGCUUCAGGGAAAUGUCUGACCUUAGUUUCUGUGUUUCAGAACGUGGUUACAGAUGUGAUUAAUGUUCUUAAUUCCAUAGAGAACAAUAGCAUUCCCAAUAAUUUUUCCAAUAGCUCUUUGCAGCAUUAUGCCACAUUUGAUCACUCACAUAUUUCCAUUAUAAAUAAUAUUUAUUGGCUUGCUGCACAGUCUCAGGAAAUAUUUUAUAAUGAUACAGGAGAAUUUACAGAUGUGUACCAAGAAGUUCUUUUAGCAGUUAAAUUCACUGAAAACAUCACAAAUGAGCUGAACAUUACUGAGCAUGCAGACUUAAACCAGGUUAGUAAAUACCUGCAGGAAAUGAAAGCGAUUCUAAAAGUGCUAAAAAGAAAUAACAUGACAGAAAUCCUAAUACAGUUUCAACAUGUUGUUCAAGAAUCUAACUGUGAAAAACAAACAGAAGCGGAAUUUCUUUUGUGCACUUUCAAUCUAACGUGUCAUAUUCUGAAUACCCUGGGAAAACUACAACUACCUAAUCCACUCAGUGGAAAAAUCAACGAUUUGUCCUUAAUUGCAACAUUCUGGAUGAGUGAAAUGGAUACAACUGUAAAUAUUUACCAGCAAAUGAUUUCCUUUUACAAUCUAACAAAAAGUGUCUUGCAAAAUCAAGCAACCCUACAAGCAAUUCUCACCCAUGUAAAUGAAAUGUCAAACACUCUGCAAAAUAUUAAAAUGGAAAAUGGUACUUCUGGCAUUGUACAAAAUAUAAUUAGACUUCUUGAUCUGUUGAAACCAGACACUGUCUUCAGCCUGAACAAUAUUACUUGGAAUGUGAACAGUACCCAACUAGAAAAUGUACAAGCUCAGCUCAAAAUACUUCAAUGGUAUUUAAUAUACAUAACAAACAAUACAGAAUUUAAUAAUACAUCCAACAAAUUGUAUCCUAUGUACAGGCUUACACAGCUUAUAUUGACCAAUGGGAUUCUGACCAAAGAAGCAGAUAGACUUUUUCAACUGAUCACUGAUAUUGUAACUUCAAACCAGACAGACUCAGACUUCAUAAACCAACUCGAAACUUGGGUUGAGCUUUCGGAACUAAUAAAGUCAAUAUCAGCCAGGGAAAAUGGAAGUGCUUUUGUCUCAUCUGACCUUACUGCAAUUUGGCAAAGUAUAGACAAACUCAUGAGCGGAGAAUGGAACUGGGUCCAAAUAAACAGCAUAGCAAAUGUUGUGCACACGAUCAUGACCAGAGGCAAUAUUACAACUGAAGCAGAUAUCAUGCAACUUUAUGAAUCUUUAUUACAUUUUUUUAAUCAAACAAAUUCAGCAGGAUACAUGAGUUAUGUACAAUUAUUUAUUUCUAAUUUAGAUUCUUUGUCGAAAACAAAUUGCCAAAAUGUUUCCAAUGUAAUUACAAACAUGUAUCCGAUUAUACAAAAUGUGUUCCCUUCCAAUUUUUGGCCUAAAAAUACCAUUAUCCUAAAUGCCACCAAAGAGAUUUGUGAUUUGAUACAGGGGAACUCACAAAAUAACUUGGCCACAAUUCUGCGCAUUCUCAGAAUAGUUAUCACGGCUGCUGAGCCUCUUACACAAAAUGACACAAGAGAGUAUAUUAUUGCUGUAGAAACUAUUGCUGCAAUGGCAGAAGAUCUUAUUUCUGAACCAGUGCCCUCUUAUAAUACUAUUGUAACCGCUAUGAAAAUGAUACCAAAAAUUACUGAGUUAUUCAAUAUUGCAGAAAACACAACCAAUUGGGUGGAAAACACAGCUCUUAAUCAAUUACUUUAUCUGUUGUUGGACUUGGCAUGGAGCUCAUCUUUGUCUGAAGACAUAAUUCUUGCUAAAGUAAAAAAUGUUACUUUGGAAACAAUACAGAUUGUCCAGGACAUCCUCAACAGUCAGAAUGACUCUUCCUACAAAACAAUCUUUUCUUUUUCACUGGAGGUAGUUGAACUUUUCCUCAACAAGACUGGCAAUACAUCUUCUGAAGACUACUCUGUAAUGUCAUUUGUAAAGCAAGUUUGGGAUCAAUUUAGAGAAAGUGGAACUGAGCAUUUGAUCACCUCGAUUAUCAAGCAACAGAUUAUAAACACGUAUCCUGGAGGCUCAAAAGACUCUGCGAUUUGGGACACUAUUCUACAGCUUAUGAUUAAUAUCACAGACCUGAUUCUUUCUGACACCAAGCAGCACCAAAACUAUAGUAACGACAGCACAACCAUAAAUAUUCCACCUGUGCUUUUAGAAACUCUCAAAUACAUUUUGCUUCCACACACUGAAAACAUUACACAAGUCCUUAUCGAAUCCUGGGAAAUUCUUCAUAACAUGUCUCAAAUAUUAUUCUCCAUGUCUGAACAAAAUGAAACUAGCCAAAUCAGGAUUAUACUUACCAGCUUAAAUAACCUUAACAUUGGACAUGACAUUUUUAAUGACACAGUGAAACUGGUUGAACUUUUUUCUGUCAUAAACCAGACAGAACUUUUUACUGAAUUAUUCCACACUACCUAUAUUGCAUUAAACAAUAAUAGCCAAUCUGGAAUGCUUUUCUUGGAUGCCCUCGAUAUUUUCAAAGACCUUGUGGACUUGUAUAAUUCAAGUGACAUUAAAGAACUUUCUACAAUUUUUGAAAAAUACUUUCAGAAUCUCUUGGAUGCUGGUAUUGAUCUUAUGCUGUAUUUUAAUGAUCUCUUAGGGCAACAGUCUCAAGAAGUAAAUAACACAAUUGGACAAGUGCUACCAUAUUUUAUGUCUGCAGAGCUGCAAAAUAGAAGCAUUAACACUACAAACCAUAUUGCAGGGCUCUUCAAACUGAUGUCUGAGUAUGUUCCAAAGGAUGAUCAGGAUAUAUUCCAGAAAGUUGCAAAUACCACUCUGCUGCUUAUUGAUGCUCUAGAGACUUGCAGAAAUAAACCUGAGAACUGUUCAAAUCUUAAUGAAGGAAUACAGUACAUUGCAUCUGAUAUUACACAGAUUCUGUCAGCAAUACAGAACAAAAGCUUGGAAGGAUAUUUUGGAAACAACUCUCUCACUUAUAAUGCCCAGUCAUUGAAAAACUUGGUCAAUGAUGUUAAUUUGAUAUGGUAUUCUCAAGGACACCCAAAUUAUACCACAGAAACACUGAUAAACCUUUUUGAAGACUUCCUUGCAGUAAGGAGCUUUAUUUUGAACACCACAUUAAGAAAUGAUCUCAAUUUAACAAUGUCUCCUUCUCUACAGAGCAUUCUAGAGGUUCUAGCAUCUUCCAAUAUCUCUGAAUACCUUUUUCAAAUACAGAAUUUGCUCACAUCGAACUGUAUAAUCCAGGAAGAUAUAGAUAAAGGGGUGUGCAAUUUAAACCUUAUAUCAAAGCUUGCACAUCUCUUAAGUCUACAUCCCUUAACAAAAGUGGCUCAUGACAGGCUCUCAGUCAUUUUCUCAUUAGCUGAACUAUGGCUAAGUAAAAUCAAUGCAUCUAUUUCAGCGUAUCAACAACUUUCUGAUCUAUACAACGUUACAAUGUUUGCAUCUAAACACAGACCUGUUCUAUAUGCAAUAAACAAAACAACAGAAAAUAUUGUACAGUUAUUACAGCAGACUGAGACUUUCCUAAAUGUCAGUAUAAAUGGAACCAUGUCAAUGACCACACUUCUUUCUAGGAUCUUAAAAGUUAUUGCUUUUGAUAACAAGCUAAAUUUUUCAAAUGCAUUCUUACAAGUUAAUAUCAAUGACAGCCUGGUGAGCAUAAGACUGCAGAGUGAUAUUGCUUAUUGGCUCAUGUCCCAAGUGAGAAAUAUUACCCCUUUUCUGAAAACAUUGGCAGGUGACUAUACAAAUCAGACUGUUGGACAAUGGAUAACAGAUAAUUACCAAUACAUAAAUCAAAUUUUUAGCAAUGCAGAAAAUGUGAUAGAUGCAUUGAAUUCAAUUAAUGAACUGAAAGACCAAACACCUAUAUUCAAUUCUGUAAAUGAAAAAUACAGACUUAUACUCUAUAAUGUUCGAGGACUACUCCAGAAUUUGUCAAAUACUUACUUAUUUGAAAACCUAGUAAUGCAUGAAAACCUUCAAAAUACCUCCUGGCGAAGUGUAAUGUGGCUUGUUUUUAAUGUUACAGAACUGAUCAUUACUGAAUCCUCUCCCAGCCCACCAUAUAUUACCGCCAAUGCAACAAUGACAAUUCUGCAGAUGGUUUUUGAAAAUAUCCAGCAGAUGAUGCUACUUCAGAAAGAGAACAUAAACCAAGUUCUAAUGGAAUUCUGGCAAAUGGUUCUUGAUGUAUCUGACAUAUUCUUUGCAGUUGGACAAAAUCAUACCAGCCAGCUAGAGAUGCUAAUCACCAAUGUGAACAAUCUGAACUUUGGACCUGAUUUCAUCAAGGAUGCAUCCAAAUUGAGUGAACUAUUUUCUAUUAUAAAUCAGACAGGGCUUAUUACUCAACUAACCAACAAUCUUCCUACUGCCUUUAAAUAUGAUAAUAUUCAACACUUCAAGCUCUUUCUAGAUGCAUUGGAUAUUUUCAAUGGCCUUGUUCAAUUGAACAGUAGAAUACAUAUUUAUGAACUUUCUUCUGUCUUUAAACAAUACUUGCAGAAUUACACAGAAGCUCAAAACCAAACACAAAAUUCACUGAAUAUGAUUCUAAAUGUUUUGUUUUAUCUCAAUAAUCUAACAGGAGAACUAUUCGGGGAACUAGAUAUUAAAUUCAUGCAUGGGUUGUUCCAGUCCCAAGAGCUAAAAAAUCGAAGUAGUAAUUUCACAAAUCAAAUUGAAACGCUCUUCAAUUUUAUUUCUGAGUAUGUGCCUAAGGAAGAGCAGGGCAUCUAUCAAAACGUUGCAAACAUCAGUCUGCUGCUUAUUGGGUCAACAGAGACUUGUACUGCUAAACCUGAGAACUGCACCAGCAUUUUUCAAGGAAUCCAGCAUUUAGUAUUGGAUAUUACCCAAUUUCAGGCAAUAACAGAGAACAAAACCUUGGCUGGACUCUUUUCAAACAGCUCGUUAUUGCUGCUUGAAUCACUGGACCAAUCAACAAAGGCUGUUAUCAGUGACAUCAUAACCAUACUGUUGAAUACUCGAAAGCACCUAGAUAAUUCAUCUGAAAUGGUAUCGGGAGUCUUUGAAGAACUGCUUACAGUGAGGAACUGGAUUUUCAACAACACAUUAAGAAAUGAUCUAAACUUAACAAAUUCUACAUCUCUGCAGAACAUUGUGAAAGUGCUGACAUCAUCCAACAUCACAGAAUUUCUGUUCCAAAUAGAAAAUAUUAUACAUACAUCCAACUGUUUUAACCAGAGUGGAGCAAACCCCUUACUGUGUAACUUAAACCUUACACUGAAGCUUACACAUCUCUUAAUGUCACUGCCAUUGUCCCAGUCAACUAAAGACAGCUUUUUAAGAAUUUCAUCACUUGCAGAACAGUGGCUAAGUAAAGCCACUGAUAAUGUUUAUACAUAUCAGCAGUUCACUGAAUUCUACAACGCUAAACUGAUUGCAUCUGAAUACAAAACUGCUUUAAAUUUAAUUAACAGAUCAGUUGCAGAUAUUGUACAGUUUUUGCAGGAAACCGGGGCAGUACUAAAUAUUACUUUUAAUGGAACUGAUAAAAUGGAUGCUCUACUUUCAGAAAUGUUGUCAGUAGCUGGUUUCGUUGGCUCUAACUACAAUUUCUCAAGCAUCAUACAACACAAUAUCAGUGACAUUCUAAACAACAUACAGUUUCAGCUUGAUGUUGUGCAGUGGUUUAUUAUCCACGUUAGAAACCAGACAGGGUUCAUGAGCACAUUACCAGGAGCCUAUACCAUACAGCAACUUGCACAGUGGAUGAUAAAUAAUUACCAAUACAUCAAGGUAAUUAUUCAUAAUAUAGAGCAUACAAUUAAUGUAUUCAACCCAUUUUUUACCCUGACCGAUGUAUUACAAAUAUUCAACACAGCCUCUCAAAAUGGACAAUAUAAUUUGCUUCUUUAUAAGAUUAAUUCAGUAUGGCAGAAUUUAUCAAAUGGUUCAUUUUUUGGAGAUCUUCUCGCAAACAAAAGUGUUAUAUGGCAAAAUGCUCUGCAACUUGCUUCUAAUAUUACAGACCUGAUCAUCACUGAAGCAUCUUCCAACCCACCUUAUAUUACAACUAAGACAACAGUGAAAAUUUUACAGGUGGUUUUAGGAAAUCUUCCCCAGAUUUUGCUCUCAGGCAAUGAUAACAUCACACAGGCUUUUAAGGAAUCCUGGCAAACUGUUUUGAACAUAUCUAAAAUAUUUCUUGCAUCAUCUCAACAGAAUAAAACCAGCCAGCUAGAGAUGCUCAUCACCAGUUUAAAUUCACUGAAUUUUGGAAAUGACAUUUUUAAUGACACAGCCAAGCUGGUUGAAUUAAUUAAUAUCAUAAAUGAGACAGGGUUUGUUAGUGAACUAGAUAAUGCUCUUCAAAUUAUUUUGAGCUAUGAUAAUAUCCAGAAAGUAAAACUAGUCCUUAAUGCAUUGGAUAUCUUCAUGGGCCUUGUUGAAAUCAAUAAUGCAACUAAUACUCGUGAACUUUCUGCUGUCUUCAGAAACUACUUGCAGAUUCCGUCAGAUUUUGGAAACCAUACAGAAAUCACUCUUACUAUGAUCCUCAACGUUUUGAAGAAUUGUAAUAAUCUAAUAGGGAAACAGUCCAGUGAUGUGAAAAAUGUAAUCCUUGAGGUUCUACCAUUUUUCCAGUCCCCUGAGUUAGAAACUAUAAAUAAUACUGUGACAAAUCAAAUUGCAUUGCUUUUCAACUUGAUCUAUGAGUAUAUACCAAACGGAGAGCAGGACACUUACAAAAAAGCAGCCAAUUCUAGCCUGAUGCUUAUUAAGGCCAUAGAGAUAUGCAAUACGAGACCUGAAAACUGCACCAAUCUCAUUCUAGGAAUCCAAAAUUUUGUGCUGGAUAUAAGACAGGUUCUUACAGUAAUAGAGAAUAAGAGCUUGGCAGAAGAUUUUAAAAAUGACUCCUUCCUGCAGGUGGAAUAUUAUGACCAAUCACUUAAAACUCUGCUUAAUGAUAUCCUCUGGAAUGUUCAAGUAAGCUCCAAUAAUACCAAUGAAACCUUGUCUGUAGUUUAUGAUGAACUUCUUUCAGUGAGGAACUGGAUCCUCAAUAGUACACUUAGAAAUGAUCUAAACCUUACUAUUUCUCCAUCUCUGAGAAAAAGUCUUGAGGUUCUGUCAUCAACUAAUAUCUCAGAGUUUAUUUUGCAAAUUCAGAAUAUACUUCUCACAUCAAACUGUGUAAACCCUACAAAUGCUGAUCCAUUACUUUGCAACUUAGAGCUAACAUUGCAACUUACACAGCUCUUAAAGGCAACAUUGUUGCCACAGCUGACUCAAGACAGACUCUCAUCUAUCUAUUUAUUAGCAAGGCAAUGGCUAAGCAAAGUUAAUACUACAAUUUCUUCCUAUGAACAGCUCAAGGAAUUCUACAAUCUUACAGUUCUUGCAAUUCAGCAUCAUCCAAUUUUACUUGCAAUAAACAAAUCUUUUGUGGACAUUAUACAGAUAUUACAAGACAGUGAGGAACCAUUAAAUGUUUCUAUAAAUGGAACUCACGUGAUAGCUAAUCUUAUUGCAGACAUGUUACAAGCAAUUGACUUUAAUUCAUCCAAUUAUAAUAUUCCCUCUUUGUUACAGUAUAAUAUCAGUGAUCUUCUGGAAGGCAUACAACUACAGCUUGACUUGGUUCAUUGGCUUAUGCUUCAAGAAAGGAACCAGACAUCAUUCUUGGAUCCUUUUUCAAGAGCCCACACACAAAGCAUUAUGCAGUGGUUGCAUGAUAAUUACAAAAAUCUCAGACAGAUUAUUAAUGAUGUUGAAACUGUUCUCAGCUUUUUAAAUUCUACAUUUAGCUUAACUGAUCUGAUACAUUUAGUGAAUGCAACUCUUCCAACUAAACAAACCCAGCUUAUUAUACAGCAAGUUGACCAAGUGAUGCAGAAUAUUUUAAAUAUUUCUUUUCUAAUUAAUCCAAGCAGCCAAACAGGUGUUGAAUUAGCUUUGCUUCUCUCUCAAGAGAUGAAUAAUACAUUAUUGCCAGCAGUUUUGCAAACCAUAAAUGUUGCACUUGAAGUUUUACAAGGCAAAAAGGACCUUUAUCUAGAGUACCCAUCUCAAAUCAACCUUACAGUAGAAAAUAUUGCUACAAUAUUGAAAGAAGGAAUGGAUAUCCUAAAUGAUAUUCAAAUGAAAGAGAUGGUAAAUAAAGAAAUGAUUUUACGAAUUUACAACUUUACUCUCCUGCUGGUUCAGGAUGAAUUGCACUGGGUUCCUUUCCAAAACAUGUCUGCUAUGAAAACAGAGUUGCUGGAUGUUUGGUACUUGGCUAUGAGUCCAUUCUUAGGAGGAAAUAUAUCAAAACAAUAUACUGGUAACUGCUCUGUUCAAGAUGUUUUACAUAUACUCAUUAAGACAAUAUUUAAGAAUGCUACUGUGAAUGAAUCUUUGGAGGAAGGAAAAUGUUUAUGGCAGUUUAUAAGUAACACUUCUGAUAACAGCACGAGACACAACUAUACACUGAAUGAUAUUAUUUAUCUUGCAUUACAGAAUUCUCCUAUGCUCCAUAAUGUCUCUGGUGAUAACAGUUUGCACCCAUUAGCUAAUGAAAUCACAUUCUUGAUGCAGUUCAUGGAACUUUCUGUUGGCGUACUGGCAGAGCUAAAUAAUCUUUCUGGCUUGCAGAGUCCACUCAUUAAUUUGCUACACAAUAGUUUUACCUGUAUUUCUUCUCAUUUACCAGAACAAAAUUCCACCUUUACAUCAGGAAUACAAUUAAUACAAAUCUUUCAUAAUAUAUUUCUGAACCAGACCAACCCACUUCACAGUUUCAUUCAAUUUCUCAUUAAAAACAUUAAUUCAAGUGCCGAGACUCCAGAUAUGCAACUAAACUGGGCAGAAUUAUCCAAGAUUUUGGCUUCACUUCACGGCCGGUUUGAUAGCCACAUUUAUGAGAUUAUUCAGUUAGCCUUUAAUGUAACACACCUACCACCCUUGCUAAAGUCAAUUGGUCAUAUAGACAGCUUUUUAUUGAUAAACUGGACUGUUGCUGAAAUUGAUAGCUCCAUUUCUGUUCUGGAAACUAUAAGAAGCACUCUCAGUCUUAUUAAUAGCCUUUCGGCAUGGGAUUCAAAAACAAUUCAGAUUUAUCAAUCCAUGCUGUCUUUAUUGAAAGAUUCAAGCCUUCAAUUUCUUCUAAACCACAAUAAUAACACAGUGGAUAACUUUACCCUGACAGUGAAUACUGAAUGUGAAGCAAUACUGAAACUGGUUUUCAGAUUUUCAGAUUCCGUUUGGGUGGUAUUUGAUCCAACACAUCAACAAUUGGAAGAAAUGUUAAUUUCUAACAUAAGCUCAUUGGCUUGCAGUCUCUUGAAUUACCAACCAGGCCAUUUCAAUGGAGUUUUAGAACUGGUGACAAUUAAAAAUAUUUUACCUUACAUAACAUAUUUUGUUCCAGUGGAGAUGACUAACUAUUUCACUGCUUUAGAGAAUAUUGUUUCAUUUUUGUCUGACAAUCUAAACUCAUCAAAUAACUCUAUAGAGAACAUAGUAAUGGGCAUUUCUAACUUGCUCCUUCAAGAAUUAAGACUCUUCAACGGCACAACAUUUGUAGCAGAUUGGUUGGAAAGCCUUCCUCUACAGAACAUCAACUUGUUUUUAUCAAACUCUUUUGUCGAUGUGACAGCCACACAGAGCUCUGCUGCACAGAUGGUGGUCUUGAAUUUGGUCUCCAAAGCCCUUGGUGCCACUUCAUACACACAGGCGAUUUCUUCCUUAUCUAACCUGACAACAUAUGUGAUGAGCAACACUGGAGCCAUUGCCUCAAGUAGCAUCAAUUUAACCCCACAGCUUUUGACUCUUGUGGAGGAAUUGGCUAUUAAAAUACAGAAUGUAUCACUGACUGGACCUUAUGAAAAUGCCAAAAGUUGUUUGAUGAAUACUGUCUCCAACCAGUCAUCAGGUCAACUUGAAGAGAUGAUUCAGAUCAUUCAGGCCGUGUUCACUCAAAGCAAUGAAUCAGCCAACGCAUCACUGACUCUAGAUUUGCUCAAAGAAAAGAUACAACAAUUGCAAAAUCUGACAACUCUAAUCUGCAGAUUUGGAGAUUCGGAUCAGUCCCACAGCUACUGCAACUUUACAUGUCAAUAUCAAAUAAUGCUGAAAUCUGCUGCAGACCUUGCGAUUUCAGUAACCAGGGACACGGUUACCACUGUCAGCACCACAAAUACAGACAAAAUAGCAGCUUUUUUUGACAGCUUGCUUGAAAGUCUCCAGGAAGCUCUGUUAGCAGAUCUGAGUUCUAUGUUUCCAACAAGUAUAUCUAACAUAACAUCAACAUUGAAUGCUUACAUUAAUGAAACAUCCCCCAGUUUUACAGCAAAUUUAGGAAACCUGUUCACAAACACCAAUCAGGUGGACAAUCAAUUGAAUGAAAUUGUGAAAAUAAAUAACGAAAGUAGAAGUGCACUGCUGAAUGUGCCAAUCCCAAACAACUUCUCCCAGAUUAUUGACGGGUUUAUGACACUGGACAAUUGCCGACUCAACGCCUCUAUUGUCACCGAGCCAUUCCGGGUGUUUUGCAAUCUUUCCUCAGAGCAAGGAUAUGAGAUGGCCAUCAUAUUUUUGCAGAAUGUCAAUAUUUUUAAAAUGUUUUACAGGUUACUGGUUCCAACAACCUUGCAAACAACCAUAGACCUUAUAUUGACUGCACUGAAUAAAAUGAUUAAUGACUGGAAUGCAAUGCUUGCACAAAUUCCCCCUGAGCAAGAACUGCAGCAAAUGCUUGAUGUCAUUAACACUUUUAUGAGCAUGUCCAAGCAGAGUAAAAAUACAUUGUUAAGGAAAAAAAGAUCCACUGAUACCCGUACCAUCACUAUAACUGAAGUCUCAAAAAGUAUCUGCAGUAACAAUUUCACCAGCCUCAGGAAGGCCCUUCAACAGCUGUACUCUACAAACACUUCCAGUGCAAAAUCAGCAAGCCUCACUGAUACAUAUGGCAUUCCUACUGACAAUGCAUUCUGCACCCAGCUCUUCAUGAAUUUAGUUUCCACGACCAGUGGGACUGCCUCUUGGCUUCUGCUGAAGCCCCUGUUAUAUGGACAGAUUCUUUACACACCAAACACCAUCCUAACACAGCAAAUAAUGCAGAAGGCGAAUGCCACCAUUCAGCAGGUUGUGGGAUACAAAGCCAAUGUCAGCAGUUGGGAUACUAGCAUCCAGCAGUUAUUAAAUCAAUGGGAUACACUUCAGAAUGCUGAAUCUCUUAUUGGACCUCUACAGGUUCUGCUCAGCAAUUCUUUUAUAAAUAGCCUUCUUGAGGAGUUUCUGCAUACUAACGCAUCUCAAAUCAAUAGUACAAUAAACAGUGCCUUAAACAUCAUAAAUCUGCUCAAGAAGAACAUGAAUAAUAUCAAGGAAUUCCAGCCUAUUGCAGUUGUGCUAAACAACUUAUUAUCCUGUAUGACAUAUAACCGUAUCCAGCCAAUGAACAGUGUAGAAGAAAUGCAAGCAAAAGCAGAAGAACUGCAGAAAAACAACCAGCUGUUUGCAGCUGUGACGUUCGAUCUUCCCUCUGAGACCUCUGGGCAGAAUAAAGCAUCAUCUAAUCUACCCAAGCACAUCAAGUACACAAUUAGCAUGGAGCCCAUGCUCUCAGAGGACACCAGUGUCAUCAGAGAAUCAUAUUGGACCCCUGUCCCAGCCAGCUCCAUGAACAAAUACAGUCGAGGCUUUGUGUAUCUACAAGAAAAUAUUGAUAGAGCUAUUAUUGAAAUGCAGACAAAUAAGAGUGUCACUAAUAUUGGAUUGCAAUACCAGCCAAUGCCAUACCCUUGCUACAAGAGAGACCGUUUCCUGGCAAGCAUGGGCUACACUCUGCCAAUCGCACUGAUGAUUACAUGGGUCCUUUUUAUCUCAGCAUUUAUAAAGAAGAUUGUGCAUGAGAAAGAGAUGAGGUUGCAUGAGUACAUGAGGAUGAUGGGAGUCAACUCGAACAGCCAUUUUUGUGCUUGGUUCAUUGAGAGUGCAGCGUUCCUAUUAAUAACACUCAGCAUCCUAGUUAUGCUUCUGAAAUUUGGCAAAAUGCUUCCCAAUAGCAAUGGCUUUAUUCUUUUUCUCCUUCUCCUGGAUUAUAGUUUAACAAUUAUUGCCAUGAGCUAUCUCAUCAGUGUUUUCUUCCACAACACCAAUGUGGCUGGACUUAGUGGAAGCCUGAUCUACAUCAUUACUUUUUUCCCUUUUAUUGUCAUUGUCACAAAGGGGUCUGUUUUAUCCUUUUCUGCUAAGACAUUGCUGUGUAUUUUUUCUCCAACGGCACUGAGCAAUGCAAUCCAGUAUGUGGUUUAUUAUGAAGAACAAGGUGUCGGGAUCCAAUGGAGUAAUAUGUACAUAUCCCCACUUCUAGGGGAUUCAAUGACUUUUGGGUGGUUAUGUUGGCUCUUGCUAAUAGACUCAAUGAUUUACUUCCUCGUUGGCUUUUAUAUUCGGAUGGUAUUUCCAGGCAAAUAUGGAAUCCCAGCUCCCUGGUAUUUUCCCUUCCAGAUAUCAUUCUGGCUGAAAUGCUGUGGGCUUGAAUCUCUGCGCCCCACAAAAUCAAGUGGAUUGAUGUUUACCAAUAUCAUGGCAGACAACAUAUAUCAUAGAAAGGGUGCAGAGAAUGAUCUUUGUCCGUUAAAUGAACAAGAACCCAAUGGUCUUACUGUGGGAGUGUCACUUCAUGGCUUAACAAAAGUUUUCCAGUCCAAAACAGCUGUCAAAAAUCUAAAUUUAAACUUCUACGAGGGUCACAUAACAGCACUUUUGGGGCACAAUGGAGCUGGAAAAACUACCACUCUGUCCAUGUUGACAGGUCUCUAUGGUUCCACUUCUGGUACUAUUUAUGUGUAUGGUGAUGAUAUCAGAACAAAUUUGGAUCGUGCUAGGAGCAACAUGGGAGUCUGCAUGCAAUAUGAUGUUCACUUUGAUCAUCUUACCACUAAGGAACACUUGCUGCUUUAUGGUUCUAUCAAAGCUCCUCAAUGGAGCAGGACACAUCUACAUGACGAAGUGAAGAGGAAUUUGAAAGACACAGGAUUAUACAAUCACCGCCACAAGCCUGUGAAGGCCUUAUCUGGUGGCAUGAAACGGAAGCUGUCUAUUUGCAUGGCUCUGAUUGGUGGUUCCAAAGUUGUGAUCUUAGAUGAACCAACCACUGGUGUAGACCCCUGUUCAAGACGUAGUAUCUGGGAGGUCAUAUCCAAACAGAAAAAAGAUAAAACCAUCAUUUUAUCCACCCACCACCUGGACGAGGCAGAGGUGUUGAGUGACCGGAUUGCGUUUCUUGAGCAGGGAGGCCUGAAAUGCUGUGGGUCGCCUAUGUAUCUUAAAGAGAAGUUUGGCAGUGGCUACCACCUUACUCUCACUAAAAAGUUUCCGAAUCGAGAGAACCGAGAAGAAUGCAAUGUAGAGGCGGUGACUGAUCUCAUAAAGUCUCAUAUUUCAGAGGCACAUUUAAAGGAGGAUGUUGGAGGAGAACUUGUGUACAUCCUGCCUCCAUUCAAUGCUGAAAUAUCUGGUGCCUACUUAUCUCUUCUCCAAGCUCUUGACAGCAGGAUGAAUGACCUCCACAUUGGAUGCUAUGGAAUCUCAGAUACUACCAUAGAAGAGGUGUUUCUCAAACUGACUGAUGGCCUUAAUGAAGAUGAAGAAGAUGCAAUGGCUUGGUCGAACACAAAGACGGUGGUGCCUAUACCUAGUGAAGAAAAUGUGAAUGUCCAGGAUGAGUUGUCUUUAACCAAUUACAGAUUUUCAGAUAGAGAUGACCAGCCCCUGACCAAUGAGGAAAAUCUUUUUGGCGUGUCUUUGCUCCUUAAGAAAAUCAUGGCCAUCUUAAUUAAGAGGCUCCACAAUUCAAGACGAAACUGGAGGGGCCUAAUAUCUCAGGUUCUGCUCCCUGUACUCUUUGUUGUCAUUGCCAUGGGGCUAGGGUCACUUUCCUCAAAUGAGGUAUCUUUUCCAGAACUCCUGCUGACACCCAAUCUUUAUGGUACAUCUUCACAGUCAGUGGCAUUUGGGCAUACUGAAAGAACUUCUAAUCUGGUCUCAGCAAUGAAUUCAUUCCCUGGCAUAGACAACUCCUGCUUGAACCAAAAUGCUAAUUGCUUGAGCCAAAGUGGUUUGGGUUUAUGGACGUCUGACAACCAGUCGCUUUCAUAUGGUUCCUGCAACUGUUCAACUGGUGCACCGGUAUGCGAUGCAUCUUCAGCUGCUCCACCUCAUCGCCGGACCUUCUCUGAGCAGAUGCUUUAUAAUGUCUCUGGAUAUAAUAUGGAAAACUAUCUCCUGACCAGCAAUUUACAGUUCAUCCAACAGCGAUACGGAGGGUGGAGCUUUGGCAUCCCAUGGGUCUCAAGUACCCUCGAAACACUUGCAAACCAAAAUCUAAAUAUGACAAUAAGCAAGGUGUGGUUUAACAACAAGGGUCCUCACAGUCUCCCAGCGUUCAUUAACAGUUUUGACAAUUUUCUUCUGAGGGCCAACUUACCAAGCAACAAAUCUGACCAGUACAGUAUUUCUGUCGCCAGCAAACCUCUCUCUGGAACUGUGAUGCAGGCAUCCACGACUGUUAGCUUGGUGAAUACUUUAAUUGCUCUCUGUGUGCUUGUUGGUUACUCCAUCACUACUUCAAGCUUUGCAACUUACGUGGUAAAAGAGCAUCACAGUGGGGCAAAGAGACUGCAACAUAUUGCUGGAGUUGGAGAGACCUGCUAUUGGGUGACAAACUUCAUUUAUGACUCGCUCAUCUACCUUAUACCAGUGUCCCUCUCCAUAGCAACAAUAGCAAUCUUCAAACUACCAGCAUUCUACACCUACCCCAACCUCGGUGCAAUGUCUUUACUUUUUAUAUUAUUUGGCUAUGCCACAUUUUCAUGGAUGUAUCUUCUUGCGGGAUCUUUUAAGAAUCCAGGCAGUGCAUUCAUUACGUAUGUUUCCAUCAACCUGUUUAUUGGCAUCAAUACAAUCAUCUCUACCUCUGUUGUUUAUUUCCUUCUUGUUCAGAGGUCACCAUCGGAUAGUGAUUACCAGAGCCUGAAUCAGACCUACACUGUCCUCACAGACGUUUUUAAGGUUUUCCCUCAGUUCUGUUUUGGGUAUGGAAUGAUAUUGCUGUCUCAAAAGCAAGCUGAACAAAUUCAGUUAUCAGCCUUUGGAGGUACAAGCACAACAAACAUUUUUAGCAUGGAUGUUAUAGGCUGGUUCCUCUCUGCCAUGGUUAUCCAAGGAACAUUUUUAUUUCUGUUAAGAUUGUUAAUUCACGAUGGAAUCAUUUUCAGUGUCAAGAGUUUCAUCAAAAGAAACUGUAUGAAGUCUUAUCUUGCUGUUACAAAAAACCCUGAAGAAGAUGAGGAUGUGAGUGCAGAGAGAGAGCGUGUAGAUUCUGGUCAAGCUGCUACAGAUCUCUUACAACUUCAAGGCCUUACCAAAGUCUACCAUCAUGUCGGCAAAAGUAUGGUUGCUGUUAACAACAUGACUUUAAGUAUUCCAGCUGGAGAGUGUUUUGGCCUUCUUGGUGUUAAUGGGGCUGGGAAAACUACAACUUUCAAGAUGCUGACAGGAGAUGUUGCUCCAUCCAAAGGAAACAUACAAGUCAGGAACAAUUUUGGAAAUUUAGAGAAUAUCUUGGGCUAUAAUACAGACUGGUCAGCCUUUGGUUACUGCCCUCAAGAAGAUGCACUGGAUGAAUUAUUGACAGGAGAAGAACACUUGUAUUUUUACGCUCGAUUACAUGGGAUUCCAGAAAAGAAGCUCAAAGCAGUAUCGCUUAACCUCCUUCAAAAGCUGCAACUUGUGCAAUACAAAGACCGAAUUACAGCCGGAUACAGCUGUGGAACUCGGAGAAAACUCUCCACAGCCCUGGCCCUUAUUGGAAGACCUUCUAUUCUUCUCCUGGAUGAGCCUAGUUCAGGGAUGGAUCCAAAAACUAAAAGGCAUCUAUGGAAAAUAAUCUCUGAAGAAGUUAAGGAAAAAUGUGCAGUGGUCCUGACAUCUCACAGUAUGGAAGAGUGUGAAGCUUUGUGUACUAGGCUUGCUAUCAUGGUGAAAGGAAAAUUCCAGUGCAUUGGUUCCCUUCAACACAUAAAAAGCAGAUUUGGAAGCGGGUUUACAGUGAAGAUGCAUUUGAAAGACUCCUCUGUCAGUGUUGAGGCGCUUACCAGCUUCAUGUGCCGUUAUUUCCCAAAUACAUAUCUUAAGGAUCAACAUUUUACCAUGGUAGAAUACCAUGUACCGGUGACAGCAGGAGGCGUUGCAGGCAUAUUUGAUCUUCUUGAAGCCAACAAGUCAGACUUGGAUAUCAUUCACUUUUCUGUCAGCCAGACUACUCUAGAUGAGGUUUUUAUCAACUUCGCCCAAUCUGAAGUUAGUCCAGAUAAUUCCAGUGUGAGUCGCCAAGAGCUUCCAGAAGUUGCCUUUGUCACUGAAUGAAAUGUGUGAGACCAUUUAAAUGCAAAGACUCCUUUAGAGAUGUUUAUUGUGUGGCUAUUCAAAGCAUUAAGGACCACAAUGUUUUUGCUGAUUCAAACAAUGACGCAUAUAUAUAUAUAUAUAUAUAUAUAUAUAUAUAUAUAUAUAUAUAUAUAUAUAUAUAUAUAUAUAUAUGUAUAAUAAAUGCACUUUUAUAUAAUAUGACAGUUAAAUGCACUUGUUUACAGGACUUAGUUGUGUCAUCAGUAAAAUUCCCAUAUUUAUGAUAUCGAAUUUUGCUCCAAAAUAUGACGUUUUGAUUGACAAAUGCCAGGUUUACAUAAACCUUCUAGUGACGGGUUCACUAUUAAGGCUUAUUUCAUAGGCACAAGAGUCUGCUCAGAAAAUGCGAUCAAUUUCUUUUUCCUGCUAAAAUAGUAAUGUAUUGCAGAAAAUAUGCAAAAUAUCAGUGCUGGUAUCAGACCACUCUUUAGGCGGUGCCUUAUCUGAGAACAAACUGAAAACAAAAAAAAAGUAAUUUAAUUUUUACAAUAAAUAAAUAAUUAAAUAUAUCUUAUUUUUAUAAUUUUAUAAUGAUUUUCUUUAAAAAAAAAUGUUUACAUUUAUAUUAUUAUUUAAUGCAUUGCCAAUAUUUCUAAACAUUUCACUAUAUUCUGAUAGAUGCCUUUUUGCUUUGUAUUUGUACUGUAUGAACCCAAUGAUUAAUAUAUGGCUCGUAAUUCAAAAUUCAUAUAGAGACCAUGCUGGGCAAGUUGUGUGAGUUUAGAGCUCCAGAAACUGUUCAGGUUCCCUGUUAAAAUUGUUCUACUUACCACAUACAUAAUGCCUUAUAACACACACUGCCUCUGCCAAAUAAUUCUAUUAGUUUGUUUAAAAAUCUGACAAAAUAUACUGCAAGACAGCAGAAAGUUCUUGCGGCAUUGAUUUACUUUUUAAAAUUUCAAAACUUCUUGCUGCCUUGCUGUGUAUGCCAACGCUCGUUGCUUAUUGAGUUUAUUACUAUCAAUGAAAAGUCUGAUAUUCCAUUUCCUAAGUUGUGGUAUGUAUCAAAAGCCAUUUAUUUUGUGACUUAUAAAUAUUACUAACUGGUCUGAUAAAUUUCAUUGCAAGAGGGGAGAACAUAUUGCAUGCACUGUGAGCAUCCCUUCAAUGUAAACCCCUUGGACAUUGUUAUCUAGAAGGGAAUCUAAAUUAUUCUGCUCACUCAAGUAUAUUUCUCAUUAAGAAAGAGGCAUGCGGUAAAUCUAAAUACCAAUUUAUUUUCAAGGGAAAAACUUGCCAUUGAUAUAAACCUUUGCACUAUAUGCAAAAAUACCUUAAGGCCUUUAUCACAGGAACGUAGGUAAAAUAAUUGACUUGAUUGUCAUUUGUGUAAGAAUCUUUUCUUAUUAAUCUUUUACAUGUACUGUACUAGGUAUUUUUCUAAAUGGAAACAAAUGUUGGAAACAAAUAAGUGCACUUACAUGCCACUUUCAGUGUAUUUUGAGAAGGAAAAAAGCGUUUUAUUUGAAUAAAUGCAAUUUUUCAAGAA